AUGACGCCAAAAUUUGCCAUCCUCGACGACUACCAGGGCAUCGCCCCGCCACAUUUUGCCCACCUGCAAUCGCGCGUCGACAUCACCAGCUUCCCCGAAACCCUCGAUCCUCGCGAUCCCCGCCAGCGCGACGAGCUCAUCCAGCGGCUGCAGCGCUUCGACGUCAUCCUUGCCAUGCGCGAGCGCACCCCUUUCGCCGCCGAGACCAUCGCCGCCCUUCCCAACCUGAAGCUCCUCCUCACGACUGGCACCCGCAACCUCUCCCUCGACCUGCAGGCCUGUGCCGAUCGCGGCAUCCCCGUCGCCGGCACCGAGGGUCGGCCGCCGGGCGUGAACUCGACGGUACAGCAUACCUGGGCGCUGAUCCUCGCACUGGCGAGACAUGUCGCCCGCGACGAUGCGGCUGUCAAGGCGGGUGCGUGGCAGGGAUCGCUAGGCAUGAAUCUCUCGGGCAAGACGCUGGCAUUGUUGGGAUUGGGUAAGUUGGGCUCGCAGGUCGGCAAGAUCGCCAUUCAGGCAUUUGACAUGAAUGUGCUGGCCUGGUCGUCGAACUUGACGCAAGAAAAGGCCGACGAGCAGGCGCAGGCGCAGGGAUUGCCGGCCGGAAGCUUCGACGUCGCCCCUUCCAAGACGGAGUUCUUCGCGCGCGCCGACGUUGUCAGUCUGCACAACGUUCUCUCGGAACGCAGUCGGGGUAUCGUCGGAGCGCCCGAACUAGCUACGAUGCAGCCCUCCGCAAUGAUUGUCAAUACCUCGCGGGGGCCUUUGAUCGACGAGCCGGCGCUGUUGGCGGCCCUUAACGCCGGUCAGAUUCGGGGUGCAGCCCUGGAUGUCUUUGACCCCGAGCCUUUGCCGGCUGAUAGUCCCUGGCGGACCACAGCUUGGGGCCGGGAUGGACGGAGUGAAGUGCUGUUGAGUCCGCAUAUGGGAUACGGCGAGGAGGAGCUGAUCAAUGGUUGGUAUCGCGAGGUGGCAGAGAACCUCGAACGAUGGCUAGACGGCAAGGAAUUGCUGCGGAAGAUGAACUGA